AUGCCGCUGACCCAAGAGGACAGCUUGGUAUUUGCAGAUGAUACCAAGUGGUCUGACAGAAAAAAGUGGCCAGUUUCUCCAGACACAUUUGGGCUGUUCCAUUCACCAAGCUUACCAAAUGAGCCAACUCAGAUUGACCAGAGUACAAGCCCUGUCUUCCGCCAUGGCAGCUUUUCAUCCUCGAGUGACUCAUAUGACGUGUCUCCCAUAGCAAAGAGGCGCCUGUUAACUCCUUCGAAUGACAAACCCCAUGAGAAAUCACAAGCACAUGAGGUUUUACGAAGUAGGCUCACUUCUUCGACUGAAGACCCUUCUACCUUGGACAAAACGGAAGAUACGCAGUUAAUCGGACCAAAUGAAGAUACACAAUUGAUUAACUCAUCUAGAGCAACAGGAUCCUUAAUGCAUGGCCAUUCAAUCCAUAAGAGUAAGCAACCCCAAAUUGUUCAUGAAAAAGUACAGAAUGUUUCUGUCGAACCUCAAACACUUAAGACUUCUUUGAAUACUCCCACGAUUAUCGAACAUAGCAACAAAAUGAUUGCAACUAAUCUUCCAGGCGAUGUACAUGACAAAGAAUCAAGGCAUAGUGAGAAACAUUUACUCCAGAAAUAUAAACCAGAUCUACGACCUAACACAAGUACAGACAUUGCAGACACUCAACUCAUUUAUCCACACCACUUACUUGAAGGGGAUACUCAAGUCAUCAUCCCACUGAGGAAAGUUGUGGAGAACGACACCCAGAUCAUUUUCUCUCCUAAUAAAUCUAUUGCUGAGGAUACACAUGGUCUUGUCUCUCAAAGCAAAACUAUUCAUGAUGACACUCAAAUUAUUCCACAAUUAGGAAGGACCCCGGCUGACCAGGUUAUCUCCCCUGUGGACUAUUACUCUGAACUGCAACAGCCAUCAAGGACAAAGGAAAGCCAAGGUGCAAGUUUCCUUUUAAGGAAUGAUCUACAUAAUUCAACUCACCUAUCUUCUUUUCAAAAGGAACAAUUGAAGUCUUUUGAUGCUCUUAAUACCUCAAAAACUCGGGACAAUUCCAUGGAAAGGACCGAAGAUGGGCAAGUUUUAUUUAAUCCCAGUAGCGAUCAUGCGCUGCACACUAUUGAAUGGGGCAAUACCCACCCAAUCACACAGGUAUCUAACCUUCAACCAGAGGAGACUAAUGGGGUGGAUAUGAGGUCUUCCCCGACAAAGAAAAGUGAGCCUGAAGCCGACACCACUACUCUUGUGCUAUCCCAAGGAAGUGAAGGUCGCAUUAGGGAAGAACCAACGACUCAGGUUGUAAACACUCAGGAGGAAUUCAUCGAUCACACCAUUAAUACGAUAGAUAUUGGUUGCAAGUCUAUUUUCUCGAGCAGUCAGAAUGGUAGAGCUACCAAUGCUGAAGUGAGCAUCAUCAGCAAUGAUGAAUACGCUCAAACAGAUGUCGAUACUGUAUUACUUAUUGAGGAUAGUGUCGAUGCUCAUAAACGUAAAAGACAAAAGCUUAUUGAAGAAGCGGAAGGCAAUGCAACCAAGAGUUCACAGACGCUUGCUUUCGGUGACUCUGGCGGGAAUAAUGGGCUGUCUGGGCCUACUUCAUCUCUUAAGAAAGGGUCUCAUUCGGAGACCUAUGACUCUCAGCUUGCUCUGGCUUCCAUUUCUGCGACAUUGACUCGAAAAUUAGAUUGGAGUCAAUCAUCCUCUGAGUUAGAGGAUUUCAGUCAUGAUGUAAAAUUCGACGUGGAUAUGCUUGAAUCCGAAAACUAUGAGGCUCUACCCGAUUACGAGGAAUCUCAUGUUGAGAUACUGGUACCGAGAAGACGUCGUUCGAAUCAAAUUCUCGAAUCACAAUCACAAUCGCAAUCACAAUCACAAUCACAAUCACAAUCACAAUCACAAAAUAGAUCUGGAUUUGAAUCCCAAUAUGAUUCUCAAGAUGAAUUACAAUCGCAAUCCCGCUCGCCAUUGCAAUCGCAAUUUCAUUCAGGAUCUCAAAUUGAGCCAAAGGAGUUACGAGCAGAAUCACUGAACGUGCUUCUGGUCAAGCACAUCCACAAUCCCCAAUCUGUUUGGGCACUUUCACAAUUCAAGUUCUAUCCUGCUCGGGUCCUUAGUCUGACUGAUCUUGUCUCAAAAGUGGAAUUCUGUGACUUUGUUCAGACUGAAAUGAAAAAUGUGGAUUUGUACUUACUUGAUCUUCGUGUGGGUGACAUUGUUCUUUUGAAUCUGAGACUUGGUGAAUUCAUAGUCACGGGCUUGGUUCAUUCUUACGAACAAUUGAAUUUUAAGUGUGUUCGAGGGUAUGACACUGCCAUUGUCGUUAAAAAAGGAAGACAUGGCAACGCUCAGGGAAAGGAAUUUUCUGUGGGUAUAUCACAGUUGUUUAUGGAUAUGGGGAUGAGAGCUUCUCAUCAACUGCGCUAUAGGCUUAUGUGUGAAGAUAUAGAUCUCGUCCAGGAGUCUUAUAGCAUUGUGAAAGACGUGUUGAGUAAUCAAGAUGUCGGCAUAAGUGAUUUGUUAUCAGAUGAAAGAAUUGUCGUUCAAAGUGAGGGACCCAAGCUCACAUCCCAAAAAAUGACCGUUCAAUCUAACGUUGUUCCUAUUAAGUCAACUUUGUUCAAUCAAAUGGUUUUCUUUGUCACUUCUGUCAAUGACGCGAGGAAAGGUGAGCUUUGUAAACUCAUCACCUCGAAUGGAGGCAUAUUUAUUGAUGAUGAGAUCAAACUGUUUGUGACUAAAGAAGAAUCAGAGACAAAUCAUCUUUGUUUGACUCUGAGUAGGUUUGAGGGCCUAAAGUUUGGAGCUCUUCUUUCUGACGGCUAUUCUCGAAGUGCAAAAUAUCUUCAAGCAUUGGCUUUGGGCUGGCCCAUUUUAGCUGAUUCAUUUGUAGAUCAAGCUAUCGCAGAUCCAAAAGUUUUGAAUAACUGGUCCGUUUAUUUAUUGCCCGCGGGACAUUCCUUCCACAUUAAUGGCCUCAAGAGCAAUGAUGUCUAUAAGUUUCGUGAAAAGCUUUAUCGAGGGGAGGAUUUGAACAAGCAGCUAUCAAAUAAUUCCAGCUUACUCAUGGCUGAGUCAAUUAUUAUUCUCGAUAAGAAACAAGAUCAAAAGACACUUGAAAUGUGUGAAUUUAUUUUCCACGCAUUUGGUGCCAAGGCGAUGAAGUUCUGCAAAACAGUAAGCGCAAUUGAUACCGCCUUGAAGGAACUGGAGGGUCAGAAUGUGUUGGUCUAUGACAAUAGCAGCAACGAAUACGCCAAGAGAAUGUCUAAAAAUACAGCGAAGCGCUCGGAUCUCAUGGGCAAACCUAUUGGAAUUAUCGGUUGGGAGUGGUUAGUUCAGUGUGUUAUAAGCUGUUACAUUUGGCAACCGGAUUGCCAGGUUAACAUUUAA